AUGUGCAAGCGUCGGGCCAAGCACCGCAUCCGGGCCCUGCUGCAGACCCAAAUCGUGGGACAAGGUCAGGAUUUGGUCUUCGACAAGUUCAUCUGCAAGGCCCUGGCCGUGGACCAUGGUGUGCUCAUCCGGCUGACAUCUGAAGAUGCCGUCCGAGAGGUCUCUGACCUCCUCCUGACCUCCUGGUCCAUCGCAGCGGCCCGUCGCUCUGCGGCGUCGGGAAGGUCUGUCGUGACGCCUUCUUUUGCCAGACUUUUGAUGCUCGCAGAAUUUAUCAAGAUUGGCAAGAGCACUCAGCCGCAAGAUUCCGCUGCACUGGCUGCGCUUGUCGCUGCUGGGGAGGAGGCUGUGAACAAGGCCGUUGAGCGGGCCACGGCUGCACGAAACAAGGUUUUAAAGCCCUUGGAGCAGGAGCACACGACCCUGAUGUCCGAGAGCAAGGCUGCGGCUACAGCGCUGAAGGCCGCACUGGAAAAAGUCCGGCCGGAGGUCGAUGCAGUCAAAAGGAAGCAUCAGGACGAGGCCAAGCAGGCUGAAGAGAAGCUUCGUGAAGAGAGAAAGCAAAAGCACGAGCAAACCGUUGCCCUUCACAAGAUUGCCAUCAGCACGCAGAUCGAGAAAGAGCGUUUGGAGGCUGGGCUUGUGGAGAAGAACAGGCCAAAGGUUGCCUGCUACAAGAAAGUCUUCGCGAACGUGAAGGAACUCCAGCAGGAGCUGAAGGAUUUGGAGGUGAGCGGCACGGCCAACCGGAAGAGUCAGGGCAUCCUCCAGCACACGCUGCGUGCCCUUGAGUCCCGUGCAGGAAAGGCGGAGAGUGACGCCAAGGGGAAAGUGUUGUUCGGUGAAGAGGAGCAGGAUGUGAAGGAUUUCAAACCCAGCGCUCAGGUGCUGAAAAAACAGGAGAAGAGCGUAGAGCAAGAGGAGCAGUUCCAGGUCCAGCUUGAGUCCGAGGUGCAAAGCCUACGUGCUGACCUGGAAUCAAAAGCCAGUCGCGAGGCUGGUCUACUCGGUGCGCAGCUGCGCCGCGAAGCAGAGGAGGUGGGCCAGGUCGCUGUGUCUGUGGAGCGUCGCGUCGUCAACUGGCAGGAGCGAGCUGAUGCGGUCCGACAGUGGCUGGCAGAGGUGGUGCCCGUCGCAAAGUCUGCGUCGCAGAUAGUGUCAACGGCCGAGUUCAUCAAGGCCUGUCAAGCGCCGGAGUCUGCGCACACCUAUGGAGCUUGCCUCCGGGCAGCGGCGAAGCAGGUCGUCUCCAUGCAGAGCCAGGUGGAGAACGUCGCCCGUGGAGCGUCCUCGCCGCGUGAAGGCGACUUGGCCCAGCACCUGCAGCGGCUCAAAUCGACGCUGAAGGCUCUGGGCGAGCUGAAGGUUGCUUUCCCAGACCUCCCAGAGCGCAGCUCUCCCAACGCUGGAGCCAAGGGCCGGAAAAGGCUUUAUGGCAGAGAGGAAGAUGAGGAGGACGACGGAGAGGCAAAGCCUGGCAGCGGCCAGGGAUCAAGGAAGCCCUCCCUCAGCGGCCCUCCACCUUUACCACUUUCCUCCGUGGGCGCUGGCGAUGAGGGUGAGACAGACACUCCGAGGGAGGUCAAUGAGCUGCGCAUGCGAGUGGCCGAGCAAGGGGAUCCUGCCAACCCUCUGGUGCUGCUCAUACAUGGCUGGCCAGAAUGCUGGUUCUCCUGGCGUUGGCAACUCCCUGCUCUGGCGAAGGCCGGUUACUAUGCCGUGGCACCCGACAUGCCAGGCUUUGGAGGUUCAGACUCCCCCAAAGAAGUGGCUCGCUACGAUGCGAUUCAUAUCGGUCAGGAUAUGCUGGCGCUUCUCAAGGCGCUUGGGAAGACUUGCUAUGCCUUAGUUGGUCACGACUGGGGGGCCCUCCAUGUGUGGAACUUGGGCUGUCUUCAUCCAGAGGCUUUUCCACGGCUUUGCCCGAUGAGCGUGCCGCCGGCCUACAUGUAUUCUCACCGGCCUCCGGCUGUUGGGCUCGCAGCCAGGUUCGGCGAGCAUUUCAACUACAUCCUCUAUCACAACGAACACACUCGCUACGGGGAGACAUGGCCAACAGACAAUCCGGCGGCUGUCUCUGGCCCUGCGGAUCAAGAGUAUGAUGCGGACCCAGAGGAUGUGUUACUCCGCAUCUAUCUCUCUGGUGCCUUCGGGACGUCCCAGGUGAAUGCAAUUCCCUUGGAGGCGGACUACAACAAGGACAGCAAGCGCUCCAGUGGGGGAUUGCGAACACGGAUUCCGCGGCCUGCCAAAGGGGCGCACCUGCCCUCCUGGCUUCCCCGUCCUGCCCUUGACCGCUUCGUGGACGAGUUCCGCAAGUCCGGAUUUCGUGGAGGGGUGAACUACUACCGAUGCCUGGACCGGAAUUGGGUGCAGACCAAAGAGCCCUUGAAGAAGACUGGGGGGAAGAUACAGCAGCCCGUGCUCUUUGUCGCUGGGGAGCUCGACAAUGUCAUUAGGACAAAUGGCGGCAUGGAAGCUUCGACGGCAUCCCUUCGAUUGAGCUGUACCGACUUGCGCCGAGUCGUGUUCAUCAAAGACUGCGGCCACUGGAACACCCAGGAAAAGCCGGAGGAAACCAACGCUGCUUUGAUACAGUUCCUCCAUGCAACCAAAGAUCUGUCUGCAGGGCAACCGACAAGCCGGCUCUGA